GUCAUGCCUACACACUCCAACAUCUUUGGUUUUAUCCAGUAAUCUCUGUCGAGGAGGCUCUUUGAGGAAAACUUUUCAACUUGUUCGCGCCUGCAUUUCGGUGCUGCCACCUAUAGUAAAAUAACGUACGCCAUGUUAGUAGCAAGGGAAACAUGGACGGAAUUUCGUGAACAUGCAACCUUUCAAAAAUCGAGCUGAGACUUUUAUUGCACUGUUUAUUCUAAUCGCUCUUGGUGUAUUGUCUGCGUACCUGGCAGUGUUUUUAGCGUUUUUGGGUGUGUGUGCGUACCUGUACUUGGAGUACGAAGCUAACAACCUAGGUUUCCAUGUGGAGGUACUGAAGUCAGCGAUUUUGAGUACAUCAAUUUGGUUGCAGUCAACAAUGUCUUCAUUUGUUAGGAAUCUUCAACAGCGAUCAGGGUAUGUGAGUGAUGAGCCGAAAAGUGAAAUCCGUAGUAUUUCGCGGGCAGAUUCACCAGUGACUUCAAGGCUGAGGCGUGUGUCGAUCGCAACGAAUGGAAGCCGUUACUCAAGAAACAGUGAUUUAAACAUUAGUCGUAGUGUUUCCAGCCCAACGAGAUAUCGUCUCUCCCCUGCGAAUCGAAGUGUAUUGGACGUGUGUAAUAGAAGUGACAGCAGGUCGCCGCAGAAACAGUCAUACAAUGAAGCUAUGGGUUAUGCCUACAAGUCAUCACCAUGGAACAGAAAUGCCCAUUCUCCCCUUUCCGAGAAGGCUAGGUCGCCCAAAAACACUAGUGUGAGAACAGUUCAGAAUGUGGGUGGACCUCUCCUAGCGUCUCCUCGUUCUAAUACAAACAAGACUUUCGAUCUCAGACUCUAUGCGGAUGUCAACAGCCCGGGCCUGGCCGAGCGGUCCGUGUACUACUCCCGAAUGGGCGGUGCCAGUUCCGGCAUGUCGCCAGACGAGAAUCGGCGCCCACUGUCACCGCCAGCCGUGACUCACCAGCCGCAGUACCGCAGCGUCGGACAGUUUCCCUUGGUCCGGCUGGGCCAGAAGGGCGCCGCCACGGCCUCCCUGCCACUACUGACGGCCGCCGUCUCUCCCAAGGCACCGCGAGCGCACUCCGUCAGCACGAACGUGAAGCCAGUUCUGGUAGAGGGUCCGGCUCCGGCCCCCCUGACGCUGGCAGCCGGUAAGGCACUCUCUGCGAGGGUGUCCGGGGCGGCUUCCCCGGGGCUGUCCGGCGUCGACAGGGCCGACCCCCACGACAUAUCUGCCAAGUCUGUCAUUGAAGCUCUCAAGGAAAUAUCGCGCAAGAGGAUUCGCUCCCAGUGUCUGACACCGAACGAAGUUCCAGAUGACGAGUCGGCCAAACGUCAGCGUAGAAAUGUGUCCUCGGACUCUGGUCGUGCAGACGAUUCUGAGGUUGCGGAGAGCUCUGCCGGCCUUCUCUCCCCUUCGACAUACCAGACGAAGCGCGGUCGUAGUGACUCGUUCAACGGCAGCGGCGAAAGUGGCAGCACGCCACGGGGUACGGCGAGUGACGAGACAACGGGCACGCGGUCACGAGUCAAGCGCCUGUGCAGCAACGAGAUCCUUAGCUCGCUCAGCUCUAGCCGUUGCCUGCUGGUGCUCGCUGCCAACAACAAGAGGAAGUUCACCAUCUCUCCAGAUGGGAGUCCGCGUAGUGGCACACCUGUCCCGGUGCAGACUGGCAAACACUUCAAGUCUGGAUCCAGCCCGGACACAGAGGAGCAGAAUGGCCGGGAAGAGGACAUGGUACAGGCAGUGGAAACGCCAGUUCAGAGGAGAUCGGCCAAGACUGCGGUAGAGGACGCCCCCGCGAGUGCGCCACCCGCCCGCACUCCGACACCCGCGCGGGACACGGGGGUCUCCGCUGCCGACGGUGAGGACAUGACGCCGGAGCACUGGAAGAGGCCGAAGGACGCGGACCGGGAUGCCGCCCUCCCCCACAGGGCGACACCUCACCCCGCGCGCAAGCUGGUAGGCACACGCGACCUCGCGGAGCAGCGGCGUGCCGACAGGUCGGCCCUCGUGGGACUCCUCACUGUCAUCGGCAAGGGAGAAUCGCCGUUCCGUGAUGGGGACCGCAUGCAGCCUGCGGCAUCCCCGCCAACUUCCCGGCGACAGAAACACGUGAGCUUCGCAGAUGCCCAAAAGCCGGGAGAGCUGGCACGCGCAGACACGGCGCCCGUCACGGAGUCGCAACAGGCACCUUGUGUCGGCACUCCCACCACUGCCUCCUCUCCGGACUCUCCCGGGCAGGGCGGAAUGACAGGGACGGGCACGACCAACACGCCGCCCACCGUGAGCCGCAACACGCAGAAGGCGCAGGCCUUCACGUUGAAGUCGUCACCCGCAGGCUCGGUCAUGUCGUCAUCUGCCGCGCCAUCGGGGAGGAGCCCCAGCCCCUUCACUGUGAGUGCUGGCCACUUGCCUGCCUCCUCCGUAGGCUGUGACAGUAGCUCCAGCAAUCCGACGGUGGCGGCAGCAUCGGUAUCGCCGUUUACGGCACGACCGGUCGCGGCCUCCACUCCGAUGGCACCGUCCGGUGCGACGGUGACGACGACCUCCGGGAGUCUUUCCCAGUCGGCGCCAGAGACUCGGCCGACGACCGGGACCCCCGAAGCGGGUGGGACGCCGACGGGAGCUCGAGCUGCUCCUGGAGACGCCGCUUCGCAGCCCCAGGUGCACAUGAGUACUGCCACAUCUACGGCUUUCUCGUUCGGAUCUCCGAAAAUGUCGACAGUGGCGACAGUAUCUGCCACGCCGGUGACCGUCACCAGCGUACCUGCAUCGCAGUCUGCCGGCGAGUUCCGGUUCGGAGGCGGAUCGGUGACGACGACGACAUCGAGUGCCGGAGGUUUCAGUUUCACGCUACCUGCCUCGACUGCCGCGUCCGCGACUUCGCCGGCAAAGGGAGCCUUCCAAUUUGGGCAGAAUGCGACAUCUGCUGUGGCCACAGCAAAACCGGGAGGUUUCCAGUUUGCACCAGGCGCGGCAGACAAGGUCGGUCGGCAGGCGGCGACAUCGGGACCUGGAGCUACGGCAAGUCAGCCUUCGAUUUUCAGCUCUAGUGCUGCAUACUCGAAAGCGACUACUACAGAGACGGCAGCAUCUCCAUUUGCUGCAGUGGCCGUGUCACAGAGUCAGGCUUCUCUGCCGAGCCCCGCACCUACUCCGUCAUUUGGAUCUGCCCCGCAGAAAGGGAUUUUCGGAGCCACUCCGGCUACGACUGUGGCAACCGCACAGCAGUCUAUAUUCGGGGGUGCCGCGGCACCCGUAUUCGGAGCGGGUAACGCCACCACCUCGCAGGCACCGACGUUCGGUUCAACAGCUGCGACUACACAGUCUUCGGUGUUCGGGACUUCAGUUUUCGGCUCUACAACGCAGAACCAGUCACAGACGCCAUCUGGCACAAGUAAUGUUUCUCAGGUUUCGACAUUUGGAUCUGGCACUACGCCUGCUACUCCGACCUUUGGAUCUGGCACUACGGCUGCCACUCCAACCUUCGGUUCUGGCACUACGUCAGCUACUCCGGCCUUUGGAUCUACUGGUACGGCAGCUACUCCGGCCUUCGGAUCUACCACUACAGCUGCUACCUCAGCUUUUGGAUCUGGCACUACAGCUCCUGCUCUAACGUUUGGAUCUGGCACUACUACUCAGGCACCGGCCUUUGGAGGUGGUACAACAUCUCAGACCCCAGCUUUUGGAUCUGCAGCAACUUCUCAGACCGCGGCCUUUGGAUCUGGUACAUCUACCCAGGCCCCAGUCUUCGGAGCAGGUACAUCUCAGGGCUCAGCCUUUGGAUCUGGUGCAACAUCUCAGGCUCCGACAUUCGGAUCUGGUACGACUACUCAGGCCCCAGCCUUCGGAGCUGGUACAUCGUCUCAGACACCAGCCUUCGGAGCCGGUACAUCGUCUCAGACCCCAACCUUUGGAUCUGCUACGGCGACACAGACACCAACUUUCGGUGCAAUCCCUACGAGUCAGGCACCCGCUUUUGGGUCUGCCACCACAAAUCAGCUGCCAGCAUUCGGCUCGAGCUCUCAGAAUCGGCCAGUAGUAUUCGGAUCGGUCACCACGAGCCAGGCACCGGCUUUCGGAACUGGGCAGACACCUGCGAUCGGUGCUGGCAGUUCUGGUCAAAUAGCGGCACCCAGUUCCGGCAGUCAGUUGGCAGCAUUCGGAGCCAGUGGAACUGGUCAGACUCCUGCCUUCGGAUCUAGCUCCGGACAGACUCCCACUUUCGGCUCCAACACCGGACAAGUGCCGACAUUCGGAUCCGGUUCGUCCGGAAGCACUCCCGCAUUCGGCUCUGCAAAUCGGGCGACUGUCUUCGGGUCUGGCGCCACACCGUCUUUCGGAGCAGCGAGCUCUGCAGCUGCUACCACCCAGAGUUCUGUGUUCGGGACAGCCACACCUACUUUUGGCACCAGUGGAGCCAACCGGCCACCUUUUGGCACAGCUUCACCAUUUGGCUCCUCACUUGGCACAACUCCGGGUUUCGGGAGUACGUCGACGAGCCAGACGCCAGCCUUCGGAUCGCCGUUCGUAGGAUCAGGGGAUGCGAAACCGGCAUUCGGCUCUACUGGCCAGGCUGCCGCGGCAGUGACGACGGCCGGCCAGCAGGGGGUGUUUGCAUUCGGCGCGGCGAGCCCCGUGACCACGACGGCGGCGGCUGCCGCCGUGCCCUUCCAAUUCGGGGCUACGGGGCAGAGUUCCUCUGCGGCUGCUCCGAAGCCCGGAGGCUUCCAGUUCGGGCAGUCCACCGACGCGAGCCCCGCUGCUUUCCCGUUCGCGGCACCCGCGGGCCAGGCGUCUACACCGAAGGGGGCAUUCCAGUUUAAUGCGGCCGGCCAGACACCCGGAGGCAGUGUGCCGAACGUCUUCGGCCAAAGUACGCCCGGCUCAGUGGGGAUGUUCAGCAUCGGCUCUGGGUCCACGGCGCCGAGGUCGAGGACGUCACGUAUGCGCAACAAGAACCGGUGAUUUUCGGCGUCUGAACACGCACUUGGUAAAAUCAGAUGAAGACAGUGGUUAUCUGGGUGGAGUUCUGACAGUACGGAGAAAUGGCUGCAACUUUUCCUGUGCACCGGUUUGCAAAAUUGAAUACUGUGCACGAGUACGAUUUCUGGUGUACAUGGCAGUGUGCAUUACAUCAUUUUGCGGCCAAAUUAUGCUUGUAGCUUUUUCACCCACCGUGAUUUUGUAAAGUCUCUCUUGUCUAAGGAAUAACUGUUGUGUUGUUAAUAAGAAAAAGAACAACAAUUAUCUCUGGAGUAAGAAAAAGAACAAUAAUAAUACAUGGAAGUGACAAAAGGAUAUGUUCCAGUGUGUGCAAGUUUUCUCUUUCAUUUGUUAAUUCCACUACUCUAUUGUACAUGACAGGCAGUGUCAUACCUUAUUUUCUGAGCAGGACUGUAAUUUUGAGAUGGAGAUGUAGAUUCUAAAAACUGCUUAUGCAUACAGAACUAACAUUAUAAGUUACUUAUGACACACACUGAGCUAUAAUUUCCUGGUAUAGUAAUGCUGAGAUAUUUCUUAAUCUGUAUUCAGUUGAUAUACUGGGUAUACAGCUACUGUAUCAGCAUAAUGCUACAGGUUUAUAUUCCAUUUGUGUGUGUGUGUGUGUGUGUGUGUGUGUGUGUGUGUGUGUGUGUGUGUGAAGCAAUCAGCGACCUCUUCUGUCAGAGGAAACGUGUUCUUUGCAAGCAUAUUCUUUUCUCGAGCAAUUUUAGAGGAAGUGAGUGCUUUCUGGAAGCAGACAUUAAGUAUCAGACUGUGUUAACGUUUUCUGUUAAAUUUCCAACGAGCUGAUGUGGUUACGGGAGCAGUAUUCCUGUAUCAAACUUUGGCCUUUCGUAAACUAUCAUGAGAUCUGUUUCCUGGACCUCACCCUUUUUGACAGUUUCGAAACUCUGCCUAAGGGCCUGCCAAAUAAAUUGAACCCCUCAGAAAGGUUCACCGAUCAAAAUCUGAGACACUGUCGGCAAUGUACUGCAGUUCGUACCCAAACUUCGGUUCGGCAUACGACGUACAUUUCCCAGCAGUCACUAAUAUCCUGGGAAAUAUACCAGGUGUCUUUCACGAGAGUCAUCAGAUACAUUUUCUCCGGUGUUUCUGCAGAAAUUUACAAUUUCGUUUUUGCAUUGCGUAAAUGGAGUUAGCCCAAACAAUUGCUGCUUGUCACGUCUUUCAGACUCGUACGGGUCAUGACAAGUGGUAUGUCUCUCAGCUCAAUAUAAUUCAUUCAAAAGUGAACUGUGAGAAAUGCUACAGUCACGGGUGUACAAAAAUUGUAAGCUAUUAUACAGUUUAGACAGUUAGGACUGCUAUUACGGGGGGCAGGUGACGACGAAACACAAUUUGAUACAACUAGUGACGCAUUUUUAAUCAUCUUUGUAAUAUGUUUAGUCAUCCAGCAGUUUUGUCUCGUCUGUCAAAUGCAUAUCCCACAUCUUGUCACCUUCCCAUCACUUUGUUGCAUGCCAGAGAACAGAAACUCACAUAGAAGACGCUUCCUUUUACACCAGGAGCACGCCGAUUAUUUGCACUCCUCCUCUGACAGAUCAAAAAGAUGACAGAGGAGGGGGAGGGGGGGGGGGGAGAGAGAGAGAGAGAGAGAGAGAGAGAGAGAGAGAGAGAGAGAGAGAGAGAGAGAGAGUAGAUUUUCAACUGUACCACAAAAGUCACUCUCAAUUACAGCUGUAUUUGGAAUUGAUUAGCAACAGUGAGAGUAAGUUCAGCAAGCACAGGCAUUUGCCUGCAGGGAAACAGUGACCUAUAGAAAUGGGAAUUGUAGAGCUGUCACAAGUCACAUGUAAUGUUUUCCUUGAGUACUUCCUUCGUCCUUUGUACUGAAAUGAAAGGGUACAGAUUAUCUACACACGAAAUGAGAACCUACUGAUACGUGGCAUCUGCGCGAGCUGCAAUUCUUCUGCUGAUGCCUGAGAGUACAUUCACCAACUAAUUGUUCUCGUGCAUAGUCUGCUUCAGGAUUGAGAAACUUAGGAAAUUAUAUCAAAUGGAAAAUUCCCAUGAGAAAAUGAUAAGAACACAGAGACAGAAUUGCAGGUCGGUGCUUAGCACAGCGAGGCAAAAAUAGAGUGCUGCCAAUGGUCACAAAACAAAAUUACACACACUAUACUAAUUUUCAAAACUAAUCUGUCUUUCCUCCCUGAGGAAGAAACGAAUCAUUUUGAAAGAGAGGAUGGUGGCCAACUUUACUUACACGUAUGUGUGUUUUGACAUUACUAAACAUUUUGCCUCCUGCGAAGGACAGUACGUGUCUUAUUAUUUGAAAGACUAGCUAAUGUAUGUCAUCAAAAGGAGCGAAGCUUUCUUUUUGUGGUACAUCUUUUAUUUUUUAUUUGUUCCUCUUUCAUUUUGUUGGUGUGCUGUUCCCUUCCUUUGCUGUACAUAUUUACACUUGUGGCUAGUGCCCAAUGUGUUCUCCAGCAGUAAUUUCUGUGGAACUAAUUACUAUAAGCUAUGAAGUCCACAUCUCGUCUAUUACAUUGGAACAUUCACAUAUCAUUCCUUGUAUUUUUUGUGUUCACAUUUAACGUAUUGCCUGCUCCUUUCUAUCGUUCCUCCCAACUUUCUCCCAUCUGAAAACGCAGUCUUGAGUUUUAAAAAUGUGUAAUUCAGUGAUCCGUAGUAAGCUUUGCUGUCAGACCUACCACAGUUCAGUACUGGGAGUGGUCUGUUUGCCUGUCAUAAUCAUAGUUAGACAAUUUUAGAUUGGUUGUAUUAGACAUGGGGUUGUGGGAAAACUCUUUCUGCUGACUGCUCUUUCUCAAGUGUGUAUGGCAAAUGUGUUUCCCUAAGUGAAUUAUCUGGUGUACCAAUUUCACACAAAGUGUAGUUAUUAUGUGUAUCCAAAGAUGGUCAGCACAACAUGGUUAUAUUUGUAAAUAUAUAAUUAAUUAUUUUGUCUCACUGUAUUUCUCACAUGUAAAUAUGUUGUUUAUUGGAGAGAAUAUAUAUAUUUAGUAGCUGUAUUGAGAAUUUCUUUAGGGGCAUGACAUAUAUAGAUUAAAAAUACAAACUAGAGCACUUUUUUCAGAUUAUUGGAAAAAGCGUUACGUACAUUUUAUAAAUGUGAUUAUGCCUAAAAUUGAUGGAAAUUGAGGCACAAAAUUAUGUUGCUGCAAAGGCAGUAAGGCAUUUAUUUUCAAAAUGUCAUUUAAUUUAAUAAGCGUGCGAUAAAGUACACAAUAAUGAUUUUGUACGAGACUUCCCAGUGCUCGGCAAGAGUUUCAUCGAGUCGGGAUAAGUCGCCAUUUGAUAAAUGCUUCUGGAGGUUGCCGUGCAGGUUUUCUGUUUUACUGUUGUAACACGUGACAGUACUGAAUGAAUAAAACAUUGCAUUGGGGCAAAAAAAAAAAAAAAAGGCAGGAACUGCAGUUUUUCGACAAGAUAUCUUUAAGCUAGUUACUCCCGUAAACACCAAUAAUCUUAACAGAACAUUUUCGGUGUUCAUUGCUGAUAGGCUAUUAAGGUUCACAGAUAGCAUUAUAUGUUCUGGAAAGUAGGUCACGUUUUGCACUAUAAUGAAGUAAACCAGUCCUAAACUAGUGAACAAUUUAUUUUUUGGGAGGCCCAUAUCGAUAAGUGUUAUGAACAUAUUGUGAACGUACGAGGAAGUGACGUCAAGUGUGUGAAAUAGCAGGCAUCUCACCCUACAGGAGCAUUUAUUUUAAAUGUGAGUUUUGUAUGUCAGAAUGUUUGAACGUGAUGAAAUAUGUUCAUGCUCUUAAAUGUCUGUAUACAAAUAAAAGUCGUUUAUGCAUUAAGAAAAAUUCUCAUUGAGAAGCAGUUUGUUUUGGGAAAACUCAUUUCAAUUUCAUAAUUUUCUGCCCAGUGUAACUUAAUUGUAAUGGAAUAUGAAUAUUUAUCACAAGAAAUUUGUCGUGGAAUAUGUGUGAUACAAUUUCGAUAAUAUUGUUUGUGGGAGAGGUCUCAAAUUUUACUCUUACAUAUUGGCAGAACCUUGUGAAAGAUAUGGAUUCCAGUUUACCAAAACAAUCUGUUUAUUUUCUCAAUUAUUCACACAUAUAUAGAACAAGUGGCAAAAUGUGUAUUGGUAGUUUCAGCUGUAAUGUGCAUUUUGUCACAGUGCACGUCUGCAUUAAAUUUGCCUGACAUUAUGUGCACAUUUAAGUGAUAUUUAUUACAUUCUGAGCGUAUGAAGCUUUCAGACAAUACUGGAUCCUAUGUAGAAAAGAGUGCCGCACUUCUUCUUUUUAUGGGAGUAUAUCUCCAAGUAUUAUGUAAAUUUUUACACAAACGAUUUCUGAAGUGUGUGAGUUUUUGGCAAACAUUUUUUUACCGAGCAAAUUCUCAAAAUUAUGUGCGUCACAUAGGCACUGGGAAUCUGCCUAGUCAACAGUUUGAUAUUAUAAAACUUGAAAGCUUCAUUUGCCUCAGUAAAUUGGCUUGUUAAUUAGAUUGUCUGGUGCAGUAUUUAAUUGGCACCAGUAACAUUUUUUAUUUGGUGUGCGGGUGUACUUUGGCCUAUGUACGAAUUAACUGUAUACACACACUUGCAUUGCCCUUAUGCCUCAGUAUGUGUCACUUAACCUUCUGGCACAAAAACUAUGUAUCUGAUACAAUUCAUUCCCUGUGAUGUUGUCAGGGUAAGGAAAUGGUCAUAACUUGUCUAAAGAAUGGAGAGUUUAAAUACAUGGUUUGCUGUUUAUUUUCCAUCAUUCCACUAGGGGCAUCCAAAAAUUGAAUAGAUGCUAUAAUAAAUAGGUAGAUUCUUUGGGCAAAUUCCCUUUGAUCCAGCACGGAGAAUGGAAGUGUGUUCCAAUAUUUUACAGAGACUAGUCAUAAUGCCUUAGGGAUGCAAAGUACCUGUCUUCUAAACAAUUUUGCUUUUAAUUGUAAAUCUCAACCUUGGGUCAAAAGAUUGUGUGACCUGAUGCUGAAAUAUGUAAUAAAACAGCCAAUAUUUUAAUGCUGCAUUGUAGUAGUGGAGACAAUUUAAUGUUUAGGGUAUAUACCUGUGCAGUUUGAGGCACACUCUGCAACAACUUUCGUGCAUACUGUUAUGACUUAAUUUUCGCCAUAUAUUUUCCUUUUUCAUCAUCAGUUUCUUGUAUUUAUCUACCCACCUUGUCAGCAUGUUUACUUCUUUUGUACAAUUAAGUCUGCCUCGACACUGGAGAUAGUUAGGAGUUUUGUGUCCUAUACACUGACUGUUCCACCCUAAUGUGAUACACAGAUGUCUUUAAUUGUCUGUAUUGUUAUUUUGGUCUCACUGUUGCUCCAAGAGCCACCUUCUGCAGUUUCUGUUGUCACAAUUUGUAGCAGUCAUUUGUACAGUUCCCCCUUUCUCUUGGAACUCAAACUGUGUUCUUGUACCUUGUGCACUCUAUGCUGAUUUUUUUUUUUUUUUUUUUUUUUUUUUUUUUUUUUUUUUUUUUUUUUUUUUUUAAUGGUACACUCAGUUUUUCUUUCCUAAUUGAGCUCAUUGUUUUUUGGAUUGUAGUUCUGAUGCUCACAAUUUACUUUUGCUUCUUUUCAAAAAGAACUGUUAACUACCACAAAACUGUGGAGUGAACUGAAUAGGUAGCAAAUCUGCAGAAGAAAUUUUUCAAACAAGGAAGGUUUGCUCUCUGAAAAGCAAUAUUGCCAUUUUUAGAUGUCAAAAUUGUUUUUCCUGAAAUUGAUGUUUUAUUCCUCAGGCAGUGAAAGGAAAAAUGUGUGUUAAGCCACACCCCAUUCCUAUCAGGAUCUGUUCUUGUUCAAUGAGCUUUCCAGGUAUUUUAGUCUGUUUUGUCCAGUUGUAUUUUUAUGCGCAGUUCUCCUCACCUGAUGCUCUAGCAUCAGCACGACAUGUGAAAAGCUGUCGCUUCUGAAUAUGCAGGCUGCCUAAAGAAUAGUCUCAACGUGCAGCCGAAAAUACUCUAGAGCGCUUCUUCUUAUUUUUAAGUAUCUUAUAGCAGUUAUGUCACAAUAGUGUGACUGUUGGAUUUGACAAGAAAAUAACAUAGAACUGGCGUUCCCCUCUCUGCCAUAAAGUGAUUUGUGUAGCUGUAACUGGAGUCUUGAGCUGCUUGAAAAAAAUUUAGUUUUGCCAUGGUGAAACUUCUACAUUUGUCUCUUCUGUUACAAACAUUUAUGCGUGCACUGUUACUAUUAAGUGUAGAUCAGUGUAAGGUAUUCUGGCAGGAUAGGCGAGGGAUUUUUCACAGGGAAUUUAAAACCAUUUUAUUUCACAAUUUGCUUCCAUAGUUCGUAGGGAAAAAAGAAAUUACAGUUAACUUACAGAACAGAGAAUCACCACCACUUCUUGUUGCUCCCAGACAGCAAACACCAUCACUGUUUCAGAUUUAUACUCUACUCCUUGCCUAAGAGUCAAGUCACUUUCGUGUGACAUUCCCACAUGUUAAACAGUACAGUGAAAAAGUGACACGUGCUCCACCACUUUCAAAUAUCUCUGAAACUGAUGGAAUAUGGAAAUUUUAAAUUUAAUUGGGCUUCAGCAGCAGUAUCAAUGUUUUUCAAGCAAUUGUGUGAUGUUUAUAAGUAAAAUAAUGUGACACUUUAGAUGCAGCCUGGUGUUAUUUUUUGACAAGAUUUCAGUUUUGUUAUCUGCGAUAAGAUAUCAUUGAAGACAGUACAUUGCCAGAGUUGUAGCACACAGCAAAGCAGUUUCUUGUGCAUUGAUUACACCUUCUUUCUUGUGUUCCAAAAUGGUAGUUUCUGGAACAGACCUUUAUUUUGAGAAAAACAAAAUUUUCCACGUGUCUCUUGCGAGGAGUUGUACCAGUGUUAGCUACAGUAUACCACCGUGUACUGAAACAGUAUUUUAGGCUCUCUUCUUUUAUUCAGACAAACUGGUCACAAUUCACCCAUCUCUACUCUCACCCCUUCCGUCCUCCAGAACGGUGGUCUUUUGCAUUACCUAUUUCUAGAGAAUUUGCUUCCUAGGUCCGUAGCUUGUAAAGCAUUUUUGUGGAAAUAGUUGUUCCACUGAUACACUUCAUUUUAUUGUUAUUAAUCUCUCUGCCAACGCACGCACUGAAACUAAACCACAGCAAGACAGUGUGUGAUUUUAAGCAUUUCCAAUUUAAGAGUGUUUUGAACUCCUCUCAGGUAUUCGGCAGGGUGACAGCAUCCACAUUUUGCCAUAAGUUGGCAAGCCGACUCGUCGGCAUCCCCAGUAACUGGGCUGGGACUUCCCACAGUCGGCGGUGUCGACUUGCCGAAAUAUCGCAAAGUGUAGACGACGCUUCCCUUCGGAAUAACUGGAGUAGGCAGAUGACACUGUCAUCACAGACGCACACCUCGAAGUAGUGGCAGGGGCGGUCAGUAGAGGCUCCACAUACAUCAGUCUGUCUCCAUUCUUAAGGCGAGUGUAGGCCAGUGUACAUGUUGACAUUCUUUUUUAAUGUGUUCUGUGUACGCACUGUGGCACAGUGUUCAUUUUGGGCAGUGUAUGUGUUAUGUGCAAUAAUUCAGCUUUUACACUUGUCCCGAAGAAUUGAGUUUAGAGUUUUUAGGGGGAGGUCCCUCUGUUGGGGAAUCCAGAAGCUUUAAGACAAAAAAGUCAUAAGUGUUAGAAAUUUGCCAGAUGUACAAUUAUUUUAAAGGAAAAAGUUUGUUUUACUUUUUUAAAACAAUCUUAUGUAUGUGAAUUAUUAUUUUUUUUAUUUUUUUGGCUAGAAAGCUCCUUCAUAUUUUACACUGGUCAGAUGAAAUUGUUAGAUUUACAGUUUUAUACAAACCUUUUGUGAUAGUCUGUUUCACUGAUAAGUAUAGUGUGAUGUUUUUUAUGCUACAGCUCAGCUGACUCUUCUGAAUUCAAUGUAAUACUGUUACGUUCCUACACUAUUUUCUAAUUCUGUAUAAGUAAUAAGUAACAGUGUCUGGAAUAUUGUAAAGAAGAAAUAAUAAAUGUGAAAUAUUGAAGGAAACA